AUGGCGGAGACAGCAGAUCCUGCAGGCACACCCGGCGAGCUGCCAAAACAGGCCACCGAGCCAACCGAUACGCUGGCUGCACCGACGAGCACCUCUGCCGAAUAUUCUACGUUUUCAGCUGUAGACGUUUCUCUUCCUCCUAUAGAUAAAUGUCUACCAGCAAUGGAUACCCCUAUAGACACAACGCUCCCACCAUUAGACCCGUCAAUACCGUCUCUACCGCCAAUUGACACAUCCUUACCUCCGAUAGACACUACCUUGCCAGCUACGGACGGAGGUUUGGGUACAGAUACGAAUUUCUCGUUUGACGAUACGGACCCAAAACCUGAUGACGGAGGACUUGGCGGGCCGGUGUCUACUGCACAGGUUUCGGCGACACCUGGUAGUAAUAUUGGGGAACAACCGGGACCUUCACCUGCCCCCGACUCUUCAUGGCAGCUGCCGUCCAAUGGUACACAUUCGCAACAGCUACCUCCAUUGCAGAACCAAUCAGCGCAACCGCAAUCACAGCCGCAGUAUCAGCAGCAGCAGCCGCAGCAGCAGCAACAGCAACAUGCACCCCAACAGCAGCAUGCGCCAUCACAGCAGUAUCAACCCCAGCAGCCACAGCAACAGGGUCAAAUGCAAGCGCAACCCCAGUCACAGCAAUAUCAGCAGCAGAGCUCCGACAUGUAUCACAACCAUCAAGCUGGCUCUGCAUCGAUGAACACACCCUCGAUGCAGACAAUGGAUCAUCACUCUUCCCAGGGACAGACGUCGCAUGUCCCACAAGCCCCCAUUGGAUCGCCUAUGCCCCCAAUGGCUUCAGUAGGCCAAUACAUGACGGGAUACCCGAACAACGUUGGGCAAAUGGGAAUGAAUUCGAGUGCGCAAAUGCGAUAUCAACUACCAGGAGAUCCGAACAAGAUGCUCUCUGGUGGCAGACACAAGAAGGAGGUCAAGCGCAGAACCAAGACAGGUUGUUUAACAUGUCGAAAACGGAGAAUUAAGGUUGGGGUGGGCGUCGGGGAAGGAAAUGUGUUGUGGUCGCUUCGCUUGUGUCGCAAGCUCUGCCUUCGGCUCGCCUGCAAGAAACCCCGCCAUUCACGGUGUCGCUUGUUGUUGCCCACUGUUUUCCUCCCCGCCCGACAGCCCAAUCCCGUGGCCUUUAUUAUUGUUUUCUUUCCUUAUUUUUUUGCGUGA